AUGAAAACGCCUAAACGGUCAAACUUUUUGAAAUAUAUCACAAACACUACUCCACUCCCACCUCCACGUUUAUUAAUUAAAUUUUUACACCAAAAACAAAAACUAGUGCCUUAACUUUUUAGUUUUAUAUAACAAUAAUAAUAAAAAAAGCGUCAAACACAUGCAAGGGAGAAUCUGAUUCACCAAAGUCCAGACUCCAGAGAAAAGAAAUGGCGACUCCAUUGCCAGGUCUAUACCGGAGAUCCCUACCCUCUCCUCCGGCAAUCGAAUUCGCUUCCUCCGAAGGCAAGAAGCUUUUCAGUGAGGCGCUAGGAGAUGGAACAAUGGAAGGGUUUUUCAAGCUCAUAUCGUAUUACCAAACCCAGUCGGAGCCUGCGUAUUGCGGCCUCGCCACCCUCUCUAUGGUCCUCAAUGCCCUCUCUAUCGACCCCGGAAGAAAAUGGAAAGGUCCUUGGAGAUGGUUUGACGACUCUAUGCUAGAUUGCUGUGAGCCUUUGGCAAAGAUCAAAGCUGAUGGCAUUACCUUUGGCAAAGUUGCAUGUUUGGCACAUUGCAAUGGAGCUAAGGUUGAAGCUUUUCGGACUAGUGAAAGCACCAUUGAUGACUUCCGCAAGUAUGUAAUUUGCUGUACUUCUUCAGAGGAUUGUCAUGUGAUCACGUCAUACCACAGAGCAGUUUUUAAGCAGACUGGAACUGGUCACUUUUCACCAAUUGGAGGCUAUCAUGCUGGAAGAGAUAUGGUUCUCAUGUUGGAUGUUGCUCGAUUUAAAUAUCCUCCUCAUUGGAUUCCUCUCAAGCUUCUUUGGGAGGCCAUGGAUACUAUUGAUGAAGCAACAGGACAUCGUAGGGGGUUUAUGAUUAUUUCACGGCAUCACAGAGCACCGUCAAUCCUUUAUACUCUGAGUUGUAGACAUGAUAGUUGGAAAAGUGUGGCAAAGUACUUGGUAGAAGAUGUUCCCCACCUCUUGAAGUUAGAAGAUCUAAAAGAUGUUCAAAGUGUACUCUCUAUGGUAUUCAAAUCACCCCCUGCGGAUUUGAGAGAAUUCAUUAAGUGGGUUGCUGAAGUUCGAACACAAGAGGAUGGGAAUGGAAUUUUAAGUGAAGAGGAAAAAGGAAGGAUUGGAAUCAAGGAGGAGAUAUUGAAACAAGUACAAGAGACUGAACUAUUCAGACAUGUGACAAGAUGGUUGUCUUCUGUGAGUUCACUUUGUAAAGACAUCACAUCUUUGGGUGACAAAGACAGGUUACCUGAAAUUGCCGCACGUGUUUGUUGCGAAGGAGCUGAAGUUUUGACUGGGAAUGUAAGGAGAAUAUGCUGCGGGAAAACAAAUGUGAAGCUUAUGAAGGCUAAUGGUGAAAAGCCUGUGACAGUGGUAUCUGGGACUGUAAUUUCUGAUGGCACAGAACAAGGAGUUGAUAUGCUGGUUCCUUUAUGUCAAUUCGAUCCCACUACUUUGUGUGUUUCUGAUCAAGGAUAUUGCAGCGGAAUGUAUCCAUCUACAGCUGAUGUUCUCACAGUGCUUUUAUUUUCCCUGCCACAACAUUCAUGGGCUGGCAUUAAAGAAGAGAAGCUACUGACAGAAAUUAAAAGUCUCGUGUCAACUGACAGUCUUCCUCCUUUGCUUAAAGAUGAGGUUACGUAUUUGAGACAGCAGCUCCAUUUUCUCAUCACAGAUCUUGGCACUCCUACCCCUCCGUGAUAUCCUUGUUUUCUCUUAAUUACUUGUAAACUAGAAGUGAUAAGAGAAAAAAAAAAAAAAAAAACUUGUACACCAUAAAGUUUGGAAGGCUCUGUGAAUCAUGGACUAUAAUGGGUUGCACCAUUUUGCAUGAUUUAAAGUACAUUGUUGUAAGAAAUAAAAUAUAUACAAAGCUUAUUGUUCCUCGUUGAUGA